AUGCUGGGUUUAGAUUCUGCUGGUAAAACAACUAUAUUAUACAAAUUAAAAUUAAACAAGAUUAAAACAACAGCACCAACCGUGGGUUUCAAUGUUGAAACAUUCCAAUAUAAAAAUGUUAAAUUUAAUAUGUGGGAUGUUGGUGGACAAGAUAGAUUAAGACCUUUAUGGAGACAUUAUUACCCCAAAACAAAUGCAUUAAUUUAUGUUAUUGAUAGCUCUGAUCGUUCAAGAUUGGAAGAAUCCAAAAGACAAUUAUAUAAAGUUUUGAAUGAAUUAAAUACAAAUAUAACAACAAAAGGAUUUUUAUUAUUAAUAUUUGCAAAUAAACAAGAUUUAAAAAAUUCAAUGAAUUCAAAAGAAAUUAGUGAAUUUUUAGAAUUAAAGAAAAAUUUAAUUGAUGAGCAAUUAUUUGCUGUUAUUGGAACUAAUGCAUUAACUGGUCAAGGUUUGAUAGAAGGUUUGAGUUGGAUAUCAAAUAAUUUUAAAACUCAAUAA